AUGGCUAUUCCACAUUUCUCUUUAAAUUGUGUUCCAUUUCCUGGGUUAUUUAACCAACUGGAUGCCAGUGUGGGAAUGGUGUAUGGAGUUGGAACAGAUGGAAAAGUUUACACCCUUCAGAGUGAAGCAUGGGAACAAAUUCCUGGUGAUCUAUCUCAUGUAACCAUUGGCCCAGCUGGUCUAUGGGGUGUAUGCCAAAACAGCAGUAUCUUCAAAUAUUGGAACAAUACCUGGAAUGAAGUAAAAGGUGAGCUUUUGAAACAAAUUGACGCAGGUGGCCCAACAUUUGUGGUUGGUGUCAGUGCCAGUGAUAACAUUUUCUGUCUGCCUGCUAUGGCUACAAUUCCAUCAAAUCCAGUGGGAUUCACACUUCUUGAUGGUGCCCUUGUGUACUACAGCUGUGGACCUAUGGGCUGCUGGGGUGUUAAUAGAUAUGAUAGCAUCUUUUUCCGCAAUGAUAUUACAAGAUCUUCAUGCAAAGGAACAACCUGGCAACAGAUUCCUGGAUCACUUGUCAUGAUUGAGGUUUCCACUGAUGGAGCAGUGUAUGGUGUAAAUCGGCAAGGAUAUCUUUACUGCAGGUAA